UGGGGAACAAGAAAUCUACAGACAAAUCAGGCUUGAAGAUUCUCACGUGUGGAGUGGGUUUAGGUGUGGAUGGUGAAAUCAAAAGUUGCAAUAUUCAAAGUCUCAUCUCAAACUCGCGUGGUCUAUAAAUCUCCCGGUAAUAAUGAUAAAAAGAUCUCUGACCCACACUCUCUUUUGUCUAUGUGAUGACUUAAAGUGGGUCCAUUGGUUUUGUUGAAUUGAUCUCAUGUUCAUGUAAUAAAUUUUAGUGUCUGUAAUAAUUCAAACCCUUCCUUUGUCUUUUUGCUUCUCCACUUGCUACUCGGUUUUGUCUUUGAGUCUCUGUUCAUUGUUCAUGUUCUCUCAGUGUCUAUGUAUUGUAUCAAAGAUGAUUGUAUUUUGUCGUUUCGGUUUUGUAAUAUACCCAUGAUAUAAAACUUGGUCUUUUGUUUGAGUAAACAUAAGGGACAUAAAUAUGCCUGGGAAUUUGAACCGAACCCCUAAACUACGAUUUCAGUUAGAAGUACUGUUCAAUUUGGUAGAUUUUCUUAAAAAAAUUGGUUUUCUAUUUGGUUGGGGCAAUUGGUCACUUUGGUUUUCUUCUUUAAAAAAAUUGUACCAAAAUCAUACCAAAACAUGAAUCGAACUAAUUGGACUAACCAAAUUUUGAACUAAAAUAAUUAUACACCUAUGCAAGUGUACUACUAAAGAAGAAGCAGGGCAAGAGAGUGUUGGAAGCUGAAGAAGUGUCACGUCAAGGAGAUGAAGCGGGAACUUCUAACGAAUGAGUCGAUAAGAAAGAAGAGAAAGACUCUGGAGCUAUUAGAGUCUUUGGCAGUUACACGAGAGAAGCUUUUAUAUGUAAUUGUUGUAUGAUUCUUUCAUUCUUUAUCAUUUGUAUUGAGAUCAAACUUAGCAUUGGAGACUGAGGUCUUGAAGCGAUUCUCGUGAGAGGAUUCGUAUGAGAAGUAAUCGAUAUCGUGUUGAUAUCGAUUGUUCUUGAGUGUUAUAGUGAGAUUGUAAUCUAGUGAAUGUAUUGAAUCCAAGUUGAGAUUUACAGAGAGUAUUACUACUUGAAUCUUAACAACUGGUGCGCUUGUGAUCGGAUCGUACAUCGCGAUGGCUCUAACGUCGGAAUCGGAGAUGAAGAUCGGCGAGAUGGAGCAAUCAAUUGAAGAAAUCCACAAAGAGCUCAAGGUUUUCAGCGAUGGCUGUAAACUGUUGGUGUCGUCGGGAAACGAGAUGGAGAAGAAGAUCGACGAGUCGUUUCAACGAAUGGAGAUGUGGGAGAAGAGAUUCGAUCUAAUGGAGAAGCAUAUGUUCAAACUUUCCGAAGCGGUGGAGAGGAUCGAAUCGAAUCAAAACAAGGAGAAGCCUAACGGCAAAUCGAUCGCCUCCUCUUCGAAUGUUGAUCCAGAAGCUCAGGUACAACAUCCAAACCCUACGGUACAACCGAAGAACAAUCUGCUAGGUUAUCGGGGACUUGGAGUAGUUCUAGAGAAUCGAGAAAACUUGUUGCGAAAAAUAGAACUGCCUGUGUUUGAUGGAUCGAGGCCAUAUGGCUGGAUAUUACGAGUGGAACGAUAUUUUCGUGUAGGGCAGUACACGGAAGAACAGAAGCUCGAGUUGGUUUCACUUAGUCUCGAAGGGAAAGUCCUGAAUUGGUUUGAAGGAGAGUUCACAGAGCAGUGGUUCAUAGACUGGUCUGACUUCAAGGAGCGGAUGUUAGCCAGAUUUGCAGUUUCUGUUGACGAUGAACUAGGGAAGCGACUCUGUAGCAUCACUCAAACGGGAUCAGUUCAAUAUUACAUCAGUGAAUUUGAAGAGCUGAGAGCUCAGGUGACGGGUAUUGAUGAGAAGAAUUUGGUCAACAUCUUUUACAAAGGCCUCAAGAAGGAAAUGAAGGAGAUAAUUAAAUUGAAGGAACCAAAGGGGUUGAGAGCGCAUAAAGCUGCAGUGGUCAAGAUGGAAGACAGCCUACUGUGUCAAGCUUUAAGUGCUGUGAAGACGGGAACUAACAACCAGAAAAGGUCGUAUACGUAUACACCUUUUAAAGCAGCCACGUUGCCGCAGAAGCAGCUACCUGAUACGAAGGAUCAACAGGGGCCUCGACAACAGUUCAGACCUCGUUUACACUUAUCAUAGGAAGAGCUGAAGUACCGCAAGGAUAAUCACUUGUGUUACCAGUGCGCCGGGAAAUUUUCGAGAACUCAUGUCUGCCCAAACAAAGAACUUUAAGUGAUCACAGUUAUCGGCGGUGUAGAGAUGGAGGUUUUGGAGGAGUUUGCCGCGGAGACAGAAGUAGAAGAGGAGCAUCAAGGGGUACAACUGAUGGCUUUAUCUUUUAACGCUUUUAUGGGCAUGGAAUCACUAACUACAACAAAAAUACGGGGAGUGAUAGGGAAGUUUGAAGUGAUAGUGUUACUGGAUAGCGGCGCUACCCACAAUUUUAUAUCACCUGCUCUCGUGGAAAAGGCACAACUUCAACUGCAUCACGACAACAGUUUGAACGUCUUACUUGGGACAUGGAUACAAGUGAGUGGAUUGGGAAUUUGUGAAGCAGUAUCAAUUCAGAUGCAAGGAAUACAGUUCACUUCAGACUUUGUAGCUCUAGAAUUGGGAGGAGUAGAUGUGGUUCUGGGUAUUCAAUGGCUGAGGACACUAGGGAAGUGUGAAGUAGAUUGGGAGAAGCUUGAGAUGCGUUUUCAACACGAAGGUCAAUUGGUUACUUUGGUUGGUGACGUAGGGGUUUACAAAACUCGUGUAUCCCUGAAGUCUUUAAUAUCCACAACUCCAGCAGGGAAGAAGGGAGUUGAGCUUUGGUUUGGUAAUCACCAGGUGCAGCAACAAGUAGUAACACCAAUUCCUGUGCGGAUAAUCACGGUUUUGGAUCAGUUUAUGAAAGUUUUUACACCACCAGUGGGAUUACCACCUCUGCGUGGAAGAGAGCAUCCGAUUACACUGAAAACAGGAACUGAGGCAAUCAGUGUAAGGCCUUAUCGCUAUCCUCAAGCGCAUAAGGCAGCCAUGACUUCUAUGGUUAAAGAGAUGCUCGAGUCGGGUAUU